ACACCACUACCGCUCUGGACACCCUCUGGCUGUCUCUGUCGACCUGCUUUUAACCUCUCCGUACUGGAUACUGUCUUUUUGGAUACUUUCUCUCACUUCUUUGACACUUUUGCAUGGAUUACUGACUUUAAAAAAUGCAUUCCCAGCUGUUGUUGGAUGAAUUCAGCCAUGGGUAUCCCAGUGUAAAAUGGAGGAUAGUUUUGAUUGCGACUGCGGUGAGCUGGAGCCACCUGAUCAUUGAGAAGGAAUAGUCUCACUGAGAUCAUCAACCCUUUCGGUUUCCCCACAUCAGGUGCUUUAAACAGGAAAAAGUAGAUUUAUCACCAUUAACUUGGACCAUUAGUAAUGCUGCUGCUCAGGGCCAGUCAUACACUGAAAAUUUCUGCACUGUGACGAUGGUUUUAUAGGUAGUGACUUUAAUUAUUUCAGUUACAUUCAGAGAUAUUUGAUUGGCUUCCAAAUUCAUUCCGUUAAGCCCUAAUAAACAUUGAAAUAAAAAGAAAACUCUCCCACAAACUACGUAAAAAGCUGCUAAAAAGUGCUGUGGAUGAUGACAACAUAUCUCGGCAACAUAUCUGAAUCAGUUCUAAGCAUCUCUCAGAAUACGCUGUAACGGUCGUUCGGGGAAAACGCUCAAGUCUUUGUAGGCUUGAGUGUUUUGUCUUGUGUUUUUUGUUGUUAAGUUAGGAUUGUCUUUCUCAAAUUAGCUCUAGUAGUUGCAACUCAAGAUCGGCUGCAUAUCAGAAAUCAGAAAUCCUCCCUUCUAUAAUAUCUGCACAGAGCUGCUCUUGUAGGCAGGAAAAUGGCAGAGAAAUUUGAAAGCCUUAUGAACAUUCACGGCUUCGACCUGGGCCCUCGCUACAUGGACCUAAAGCCUCUGGGCUAUGGAGGCAACGGACUGGUCUUUUCCGCUGUCGACACCGAUUGUGACAAAAGGGUCGCUGUGAAAAAGAUUGUCUUAACCGACCCUCAGAGCGUUAAACACGCCUUGCGCGAAAUCAAGAUCAUCCGCAGGCUCGAUCACGACAACAUUGUGAAAGUGUUUGAAACGCUGGGGCCCAGUGGCCGGAGGCUCACGGAGGAUGUGAGCUCUCUGACGGAGGUCAACUCUGUGUACAUCGUACAGGAGUACAUGGAAACAGACCUCUGUAAAGUACUGGAACAAGGCUUGUUGUCCGAGGAUCAUGCACGGCUGUUCAUGUACCAACUGCUGCGAGGACUGAAAUACAUCCACUCGGCAAACGUGCUUCACCGUGACCUGAAGCCCGCCAACCUCUUCGUCAACACUGAGGACUUGGUACUGAAAAUCGGGGACUUUGGACUUGCCCGUAUAAUGGACCCCCACUAUUCCCAUAAGGGGCAUCUGUCUGAGGGACUGGUCACUAAAUGGUAUCGUUCUCCUCGUCUGCUCCUUUCCCCAAAUAACUACACCAAAGCCAUUGAUAUGUGGGCUGCUGGGUGCAUCUUUGCUGAAAUGCUGACUGGAAAAACACUCUUUGCAGGAGCUCACGAGCUGGAACAGAUGCAGCUGAUACUGGAAUCCAUUCCGGUAGUCCACGAGGAAGACAGACUGGAGCUCCAAAGUGUAAUUCCUGUCUUUAUCAAGAACGACAUGUCAGAACCACACUCGCCACUCGCCAAGUUACUGCCUGGUGUCAGCCCUGAGGCCUUGGAUUUCCUGGAGAAGAUCUUGACGUUUAACCCCAUGGACCGGCUCACUGCGGAAGAGGCUCUUGCACACCCAUACAUGAGUGAUUACUCCUUCCCUCUAGAUGAACCAGUGUCCUUGCACCCCUUCCACAUCGAGGAUGAGGUGGAUGACAUCUUGCUCAUGGAUGAGAGUCACAGUCACAUCUACAACUGGGACAGGUACCAUGAAAGUCAGUUCUCUGAUCAAGACUGGCACCUGCACAGCACCCAUGAACUGGAAGAUGUGCAGCGUGAUCCUCGAGCUAUGUCAGAUGUCACGGACGAGGAGGAGGUCCAGAUCGAUCCACGGAAAUACAUGGAUGGGGAGUGCGAGAAGUUCCUAGAAGAUCCAUCGUUCGACCUCCCCCUAGAGCACUCGUGGCAACAGGAAGAUCACCAUGAGAACAAAUACUGCGACCAGGAGUGCAGCUACACUUGCAACUACAAAGCUGUGUCCCCAUCCUACCUGGACAAUCUGAUCUGGAGGGACAGUGAGGUGAACCACUACUAUGAGCCCAAACUCAUCAUUGACCUCUCCAACUGGAAAGAGCAGCAAAGCAAAGAGAAGAACGACAAAAAAGGCAAGACCAAAUGUGAGAAGAAUGGACUGGUCAAGGCCCAGAUCGCCCUGCAGAACCACUGCGUGGCCGAGAAGGAUCGCGAACAGGAAAAACAUCAGAACCACAGCCAGGGCUUCGACUUUGACUCGUUUAUCGCCAGCACCAUCAAAAUGAGCCUUCAGCCAGAAUCUGGCGAAGUUGACCUCCUGAAUGAGUUGAACACCUCCGUUUCCCAGCUGGACACCCAUGCUCCUUGCGGCUCCAUGUCCAAGUCCAUCAGUCAGGAAAAAGAAGAGAAGUGUCUAGUAAACCUGGCGCAGCUCGGUGUCCGAGCACCCUGUCCUUGGGAGAGUUUCACGGACAGCGACGUUACCGAGAGCAGCCUAAUCGACGAGGCUUGCUGGGACGUCCGCAAAGACGAGCAGCUCCAGAAGGAGAACAACAGCUGCCAGAGCAGUUACUUAGACCGCCUCUUCAACAAGCGUGAGGAGGUAGAGUCUGAGAUCCCCGAACCUGUCGAGGAGUCCACACCGGAGGAUGACUUCAUAUCCUGCGGUGGCGAGAUUGUCAUUAACAUGCAGCUGGAGUCUUUGGCCAUUCCGGGGUUCGAGGGAGCAGGUGACAUUCCUCUGAAGUCCAUCCAGGCCACGUUAACGCCCUCUGCUGUUAAACUCUCCCCACAAAUCGCCCAUAAAACCUACAGCAGCAUUUUUAAGCAUUUAAAUUAAAAAAUCCACCCUGUUCAAGCAGAGUCCAUCUUAUUUUUUUAUAGAGUUAUGUAUUUCAGUACUUGAAUCUUU